AUGUCGGAUGCCAGAGACAGCUUUUCUGACCUGGAGAAGCAUCGCCUACGGCUGGAAGAAACCGUCAACAGCCUGCGGAAAGCUCUGCAGCACUGGCAGACCUGGGAUGCCGAGUAUGAGGCUCUCAAGGAGGAGGUCGAGGCCGUGAGCGCACCCGAAGAGCUGCACCGCGUCCAUGCCGACUUUGACGGCGAGCUGCUGAAAGGCAAAGAGCUCGACGACGUUUUCGGCAAGCCGGGCCUCAAGACCAGGGAGCAGAUCAUCAACGUUCUGGACCGCCGCAUUGAUUACGUCUCAAAGAACAUCGAGACGCUGCGGAAACAGCUGGAAACAGCCGAGAACAAGUAUGCUGCUGCGACGGUCAUCAGCCAGCCUGAUGCCGCUGAUGAAGAUGGCCAACCCAUCAUGGACAUUGUCGAGGAACUGGACGACGAUGACAACGUCAUCUCGUUUCGGGUGAACAGGCCCGGCGAGUCUCUGGGCAAAGUCGAAGCUCUUCUCAACAAGGCCGGUGUCACAGACGAUGCGGAGCCUCAGCCCGAGAAAGAGGAUGCGGCCUCAAGUAGCAUUGUAGACCAGCAAGAACCUCCAAAAGCAAAGGAUCAGCCUGCUGCACCUGUUGUGGCAUCACCUAAACCGCCUUCUCCCAAGCCUGCGUAUGAGGCGAAGAAGACGGUCUCCUUCUCAGACGACACGAAACCUGCCGAGGAGCCUGAACCUGAGAUAUCAUGGAGGGCGAAGCGUGUCAAGGAGAUUAUGGGCACCGCCAAAGAGCAAGAGGAUAUCAGCAUGCGAGCUGCUGUUAUACCCAAGGACGAGUCACCGGAAGAUGCAGCCCUGCGGCAACAAAUGCUGCGGUACGGCAUGAGCGAAGUGGGAGCCGUUGUUGCCGAGCUCGAGCUCGAGGAAGGCGACUCAGAUGAGAUUUCCGAGCUUGACGACGACUUUGACGACGACUAUGAUGAUUACGAUGACGAAGAAGACGAGGAAGACCAAUACGGACGCUAUCAGGGGAGCGUUGUCACAGACGAGUAUCGUCGACGGAUGCUUCAGCUAGAGAAGAAGCUUGGGAUCAAAUCACACUCCUCAAAGAAAGCGAAACCCAAUUCUGACGAGGACGGCUCAGACGACGAUGAUAACGACGAAGGAAUCGGCCGCAUCGUCGUCAAUCGAGAGGCACACGCCUCGUCUUCAUCCACUGCCACGAACGCAGCCCCGCUCAAGUCGAACCUCAAAGAAAGACAAAGCAGCGAUUCCGAAGCAAAGAAAGGCGUCCGUUUUGCGGCCAGCCUCGAUAUCGCGCCUGAAAAGGAGGACAUGUCUGCUCCUGCGACCAGCAGCGAAAAGAAGGAUCUUGUCGAACCCCUCAGCGACAUUGUCGAGCGUAGCGGCCCAUCAAGACCUGCCAAACAGCCAACAGCCCAACCAGCGAAAAGAGCGUCGCGUUUCAAGAAAGCCAAAGACACCACCGACACAGCAAGCGCUGUUCCCAAGGGACCCCUGGAUAUUCGGCCAAAGUUUGUGGACGAUCCGCUGCCGCCGGUGCCGACUGGGCCAGAGGGCGUUACAAUAGCCGACACGCUGGUCGAGAGAGAGUCGACGUCUGCUGCCAUCGCCCCUGACGAGGUCAACGACCUGAUGACCCACCAGGAGGUUGCCGAUGAGUAUCAGCGGAUGCGCAAGAAGUUCAUCCAGCGAGAAGGUGGGUUCCUCAAGCCCGAUGAGUCUCCCAUCAAGCCCGUACGCAACGAGUUGGACGAGCAACCCACCAGUCGGUUCAGAGCCGCGCGGCUCUCGCGUCAGUAG